UGUUGCUUUCCCCGCUCGCUCGCUGUCUCCCUCUCUCUCUCUUCCCCUCUCCCUCUCUCUCUCUGUGUUGUCUCAUCUUGCCUGUGCUGUCUGGGCGGGGGAGCCCUGCCUCCUUUUGCCUUCCUCAGAUCAAUGCCCUGGCCACUCACUUUCUGAUGUUGCACGACGGGAAAUGCUUUGAAUACUUACGACAUGGCCGCUCACAUUGAUUGCCAAGAUUGACAGCAGUAACCAUCGCCUUCACUUGUUUCAGGAGGAAAAAAAAAAUAAUAAUAAUGAACCUGAUUGUAACCAAAUCUCCAGGCAACCCAUCCGCAAACUUCUAACGAUCGGGAUCCUGCACAUCCAUGGCCCGGAGAAACACCAGCAGACUCUAGUUCAUUUAUUUUAUUUUACCGAAUUACCAUCCAUUUAUUCCUCUUUCUCUCUCCCCUUUCACCUCCUUUCCUCUCUUUUUUCUUUUUUUUUUUUUUUAAUGAAAAUUACCGAAGCGCGUUGCAAAAAAAAAAAAAAAGGAGGCUCUCCCAGUGCUUUGUGCCACACUGGAUCCCGAGGAGAUGCUGUGAAAUUUAAACCAAAAUACUAAUUCAACUGGCCUGAAAGCACCAACAUCUUUGCCCGUGAAACUUUAUCUGAUGUUAUAGCAGUUGCUCAAGAUUCUAAGGUGUCAGUUUCAUGAAUUCAAAAGCAACUUACCAGUGAUUUCUGGGAGCUGGGGCUGAUUUUCUUGUGUAUUUUGGUCAAUUAGGGAUCACUUGAAGUGUGGGAGACUUCUGCGAAGGAACAGACAUCGAGGCCAGCACAGCUUCUCAACAUCUCAUCCAACUUCCUCCUACUGUGACCUGGGAAGAACGCUGUCACACUAUGCUGAAGAAUGUCUUCCAAGCAGGCUACCUCUCCAUUUGCAUGUGCAGCUGAUGGAGAGGAAACAAUGACCCAGGACUUAGCAUCACGAGACAAGGAAGAGGGCAACAGUGAUCAGCAUGCGACCUCUCAUCUGCCUCUACAUAACGUAAUGCACAACAAACCUCACUCUGAGGAGCUACCAACUCUGGUCACGACCAUCCAACAAGAUCCUGAGUGGGAUGGAGUCAUCUCAGCCCAACACAGAAUGGAGUCAGAGAGUAAUAAGUUAUGUUCCCUAUAUUCCUUCCGAAAUACCUCUACCUCACCAAACAAGCCCGAUGAAGGAGGUCGUGACCGCAGCGAGCUAAUGACCAGUGUUAAUUUUGGAACGCCAGAACGCCGCAAAGGAAGCCUUGCAGAUGUGGUGGACACACUGAAGCAGAAGAAACUAGAAGAAAUGACCAGGACUGAGCAAGAGGAUUCAUCCUGCAUGGAAAAGCUACUUUCUAAAGACUGGAAGGAGAAGAUGGAAAAAUUAAAUACAAGUGAUCUCCUUGGAGAAAUUAAAGGUACACCAGAAAGCCUGGCAGAAAAAGAGCGACAGCUCUCUACUAUGAUCACCCAGCUGAUCAGCUUACGGGAGCAGCUCCUUGCUGCCCAUGAUGAACAGAAAAAGCUGGCAGCCUCACAAAUUGAAAAACAACGGCAGCAAAUGGACCUUGCUCGCCAACAGCAAGAACAGAUUGCAAGACAACAGCAGCAACUUCUGCAACAGCAGCACAAAAUCAAUCUACUGCAGCAGCAAAUUCAGCAGGUUCAGGGUCACAUGCCUCCGCUCAUGAUCCCAAUUUUUCCACACGACCAGCGGACACUGGCAGCGGCUGCUGCAGCCCAGCAGGGAUUCCUCUUCCCCCCAGGAAUAACUUACAAGCCAGGUGAUAACUACCCUGUGCAGUUCAUUCCAUCAACAAUGGCAGCUGCUGCUGCUUCUGGACUCAGCCCUUUACAGCUCCAGCAACUGUAUGCCGCUCAGCUGGCAAGCAUGCAAGUUUCUCCUGGAGCCAAAAUGCCAUCUACUCCACAGCCACCAAAUACGACAGGAGCACUCUCACCCACUGGGAUGAAAAAUGACAAGAGAGGGACCAGCCCGGUAACUCAAGUUAAGGAUGAAGCAGCCCAGCCACUGAAUCUUUCAGCCCGACCCAAAACAGCUGAACCUGUCAAAUCCCCGACAUCUCCAACACAGAACCUCUUCCCAGCUAGUAAAAGCAGUCCAGUGACAGUGACGAACAAGAGUGGCAUCCCCAGCCCGCUCGGUGGAUCUCUGGGAAGAGGAUCCUCUUUAGAUAUCCUUUCCAGUCUUAAUUCACCUGCCCUAUUUGGGGACCAGGACACAGUAAUGAAAGCCAUUCAGGAGGCUCGGAAAAUGAGAGAGCAGAUCCAAAGGGAGCAGCAGCAGCAACAGCAGCCGCAUGGUGUUGAUGGAAAAUUGCCCUCCAUGAAUAACAUGGGCCUAAACAACUGCAGGAAUGAAAAGGAAAGAACAAGGUUUGAAAAUUUAGGCCCACAGUUAACAGGGAAACCCAAUGAAGAUGGAAAACUGGGCCCCGGUGUCAUCGAUCUUACAAGGCCAGAAGAUGCAGAAGGAAGUAAAGCAAUGAAUGGCUCUGCAGCUAAACUACAGCAGUAUUAUUGUUGGCCAACAGGAGGUGCCACUGUGGCUGAAGCUCGAGUCUACCGGGAUUCACGGGGCCGAGCCAGCAGCGAACCGCACAUCAAACGACCAAUGAAUGCUUUCAUGGUUUGGGCAAAGGAUGAGCGUCGAAAAAUUCUCCAAGCCUUCCCUGACAUGCACAACUCCAACAUUAGCAAAAUCUUAGGAUCUCGCUGGAAGUCCAUGUCAAAUCAAGAGAAACAACCUUAUUACGAAGAGCAGGCACGGCUAAGUAAAAUCCACCUAGAAAAGUAUCCUAAUUACAAAUACAAACCUCGACCAAAACGUACCUGCAUUGUUGAUGGAAAGAAAUUGCGUAUUGGUGAAUACAAACAACUGAUGAGGUCUCGAAGACAGGAGAUGAGGCAGUUUUUUACUGUAGGACAACAGCCUCAAAUUCCAAUUACCACGGGAACGGGGGUUGUCUAUCCUGGUGCUAUUACCAUGGCGACUACCACGCCAUCACCUCAGAUGACAUCAGAUUGCUCGAGCACCUCUGCCAGCCCUGAGCCCAGCAUCCCCGUCAUUCAGAGCACUUAUGGUAUGAAGACGGACAGCGGAAGCCUUGCUGGAAAUGAAAUGAUAAAUGGAGAGGAUGAAAUAGAAAUGUACGAGGACUAUGAGGAUGAUCCCAAAUCAGACUAUAGUAGUGAAAAUGAAGCCCAUGAGGCAGUCAGUGCCAACUGAGGAGUGUUCACAGAAUUAAAGUACUCAGACUCAUUUGGGUUUUUUUGGGUUUUUUUUGAACAAAAGUUCUUAAAGAGCCUGCAUGCAUGUGUGGCUCCUACAGUUACAUCAGCAGAAUGGUCUUAAAUGUUUCUUAACGUGUGAGACAGAUUGUUUCCCUAAUUUUUCAUGAACUUGGGUUUUUUUGUUUUUGUUUUUUUUUUAACUUAGAUGAAGACAUGUAUUAAAUAUCAGACAUCAGGACUUGAAAACUUAUAUGAAUCAAUAGCUGUCUUACAAGUCUUACCUUUUGUCUUUUUCCUUUUGGAUGCUGAUAAAGGUUUAAGUUACUGUUUUAGAUGGGGGUUAUACAUUCUCACUCAGGUAUGCUGUGCCAGCCUACAGGUUGUGAAUGUGUUUUUAUUCUGGAUUAUUUUAGAAAACAAAAACUGCAGAUUUCAUAUUGUGAAACAGAACAAGUCCACAAAUGUGCACAUCUGUGCAUCAUAGCUUGUCUUUAAAAAAGAGUCUCUGAAUUCCAUUUUUUUCCAUAUGUAUAGCUGAACUUCUGAUGUGCCAAACUUUUCAUAACUUUUGAAUCUUAACAUUUAAAAAAAAAGUCUUAAAGGAGACACUGUAAAGUCUUAGACAAUCCUUUGGCAUCUUAAAAAAAUUAUAUAUAAAACCUAAUUUUUUCCAGAAUAUGGUAAAGUACUCAGGAAUCUGGAGACAGGAUAUUCUUAAGUAGUGAACAUGGUUGCCAUAGUGCAUGUGCCCAAUUGCUUUUGCCUCUUGAUGUGCCAUUAGUGUGAAAUUUUAAGUAAGCACAAAAGAGCGAUCACCAGCUACGGACAGGCCUGUCUUAGCAGUGUGAGGCCACCUCUAUUACAUUCUCCACCCCUUUGCUUUUAACCCUUGCAUUCAGUCUUAACACAUUUUCUCUUAAAUAAUUUAUUCAUUCCAGAAUGUCAAGGGUCCAAAUACUUAAUAUUUAUUUUUAAAAGUACUGUUGGUGGCAUUACACUUACAAUUCCUUACUGAUAUUUUAAAGAGCCCCUUUUUUGUCCUCCCCUAAAUUACACAGGUAUAUGAAAAUAAAAGUGUACCUGCUACUAAAACGAACAUGGUAUUUAUAAAUGAGAAAUUCAGUUGUUCCUGUAAUAGUGUAUGUUCAAGGAGCACUUGGAAACACUCUGCUAUAUGUAACGCAAAAAAUAAAGUGAGUACUUUUAUAUGUACAUACAGUACAAAUAUUCCUUAAAAAAAAUGUGUUUAUAGUUAUAAACCUCUAUACUUAGACAGCAAAGGCAGAUGUAAAAUCCAAACUGCAUGUAGAGUCCACCAUGAUGAAUCUUUAGGGUCUGUAGAAUCCUGCAUUGAACCAUGGCUCUGUACAUCAUGUUCUUGUUGUCACCUGAAGGAACUGCUUGCUACUUUAAGUAUUUAUGCAGUGAUUUAUAUGUGAGACUCCUAGUGGGGGAGGGAAGGCCAGACAAAUAUUUGACUUGCAAAGCUGGGAAAAUGGUGCAUCAAAAAUAUUUAUUGAAUAUUAGUCACAUGGGAGUGUGAGCCAGAUCUUGAUGAAUACUUGUCAGGUGCUUUGGGAUCUUUGGAUGUAAGGUGCUAUAGAAACUAAAAUUUGUAUUUGCAUUACUACUGGAAACAAUGCAAUUGCUAGAGAAAAUUCUGGGAAAUACAGGAAAGAGAGAUUCAAAGAUUACAAAUUUAUUACAUUUCAGAGACAGAGAUAAAAUUGCCUUUAUAUUUUUCCCUCACACUCCACUCCUAUUCGCAAAUACAUCACUGUAUAUAUAUGCAGAUCCAACAGGCCUGAUGAAUAUAUGUGCUGAAGCUCCUCAACUCCCUCAGCUUUUAUUUUGAAUUGGAUAUGUUCAGCACAUUGGUGAUAAAUUCAGACUCAGGCUGAGAGGUAUGAGUGGGCCUAGGGCAGCUCCUCUUGAAGUCUGUGGGAAUCUUCCCACAGAGCUGAACGGGCUUUCUUUUGGGCCCAGCCAAUGACAGAAGUAUAGCGUUAAUGUCGGCUGUCCUCAUGCUAUCAUCCUAUCUUGGAGAAAUUCAUGUGAGGUGCAAUGACAAGAUGCUGUAUCUGGAGCAGUCAUUUUCCUCAUAGCCCCACUAAGACCUAUUUGAGCAGAAAUCACCAUUGCUGCCACUGUAGGAAUCACAUUUAAAUGUGCGAGAACAACCCCCAAGACAAAGAAGCUUGUUCAAUUUACAGGACAAUUUAUAAAGAUAAUGGCAUAGAAACACAAUGGUCAAAUUUCUCUGACCAUUUUGUAAUUUGGAACAAAAUGCUAUAUUUUUAAUAUUUAUUUAAAUGUGUUCUGAGUCCAUGUCUAAUAAGCAAUAAACUGGUCUAGCCAAGACUUUAAAGGCAUAUGCUGUGUCGUUAGCUGGUGAGCGCCCUCUUUAAGCUGGCUAAGGUACUGAUAGAAAGUGUUUUUUGUUCUUACAAUUGCUUGGGAAUUUGAACUGGUUUUAGUACAUUCAGCUCAGAUUGGGGGGGAGGAUACCAUUAUUUCCUAAAAAAAUGACUAUUUAUUAAUGUCUUACAUAAUUCUCCAGUUAGAAGUAUCUCUCCCUCCCCCCACGUCACUUUUUUUCUCUCUUGCUCUCUUUUUUUCUGGUUUUGUUGCAUAGGUAGAAUGCUGUAUUGCUAGCAUUGUAUUUUAUGUAAUUAUUUUUUUGCACAAAGGCAAACAUUUAGAUUAGUUGGUUAAUUUUUUUUAAUUUUAUGACCAUGCCAAAAUAAUAUUCUGCAGGCUUGUGGAGAACAAAGGACUGUUCUUUAGGACUGAAACUUGAUUUUGCUUGUAGUACAAAAAAACACACACUCACAGAUGUUGUUUCGUAAGUGUUAUAAGCACUGGAUAUAAAUGGUAUUUUUUAUCACUUCUGACUAAUGUGAAACUGUUGUACAAAAACUACAUGAACAAAAGUCAUCUGUUUCGACUCGUGUGGGCCUGCCUCACAGUUGCCGGAUUUGAGUCAUUUUUAUGUCUUGUUAUUUCAUUUAUUUAUGCAAAAUACAUGUAUGUAUGAACACUUUGUUUUAGCUCCAGCCCUGCCUCAGUGCUGAUGCUCUGUACGUUAAAGCCACAUUCUUGAAAAUGACUGGCUGUUCAGGAAUCGCCAGCCGGUAAAAAUUGCAUUUAUUGGCUGGGGGAGUGGGAGGAACAUAUUUGAAUCUGAAUUGUGCAUAUGAGCAUUUUAUUCUAUUUAUUAGCCGACAUUGGCUCUAAAAUGUCAGUAGAAUUCAAGGAAGGACAAUCAUAAGGAUAAAAACCAACAUUUUUACUUUAUUAAUCGGAGCUCAAAACAAAGUUUUUGAUGAAUUUACCAUCUCAUUUUAGAAUUUUUUUAAAUUGUGUAAAUAUAACAUAGGAAAUAGAAUUUUAUUUUUUGUUCAUGGAUACUUAGUGAAGUAUAAGUUAUGUAUUUACUUUUGUUCUAUAUCAGUGUAUGUUGGUCCAUAUUAAAUGCUGACAAGUCACUGUACCUCAUGUAGAUGCUGAAUUUACACCCGCAGUGUGAGCGCAGUAUUGUGGACCUGUAGCUGGGACAGCAAGAUGCCUCACUUGUGCUCUCACUGAUUUUUAAUAGCAUAUUCCACAGACACAGAAUACUUUCUUCUUUUCUAGAAAGUUGAUACAUUAAACAUACCAAAUUUCUGAUACAUUUGAUAGGAAACACAGUCUUCUGAAUCCAAGUAAAACUGAUGAGAUAUUUUGCUUCGUAACAAGAAUGGCAUUUGGAAGUCAAAAGCAUAUCCCUGGAAAGAUUAUCAUAAGAUGGCCCUUGCAAUGCAGUCAAGACUUAAUAAUAUCAAACCUUUAUUUUCUACAUUUAUUAAAUCAUGUUACUGUCAUAUUAGGCUAUAAUACCAGGGGAAAUUGUUCACACAAUACACGAAGAGGACUUGUAGAACUGCUUUUUAAUCAUUCUGUUUGAGCCCCCCCCUUAGUAACUCUGACUGAAAAAAAUAACAACUCCAUUCAGGUAACGUGCAAAUAUAGUAAUACUAUUUUCUCUGUGGACAGUUUAUUUAAUUAACAGAUACGAUAUAUUUUCUUUUUGGAAAAUUAUAAAAUGCUUAUUUUCAAGAGAAGAACACUCCCAAAACAGUCUGAUAUCAGCUAGAAUAGUUCACUUCAUAUUUCAUAAAAAUGGAAGAUAAAAGUCUUAAUGGAAACAGAACUGCUUGCCAGGGUUCAGGUUUACAUGGAGGAAUGACUCUGACAAAGUGGCCCAAUUCUGUUCUGCCCGUAUGUUUGGGCAUCACCAUUCGGCUUGUGAAACUGCCUACUGAGAAUACACGGGAUCACAAUGUGCUCCUCAACCAGUGUACUCAGGUGCAGCAUGAGGCAGGGGAGGGCAAAAGAUGGGAUUGCUCCGGGAUGGGAAUGCAAAACAAACAGCAGCAUUAGUCACAAUAAAUACGAUACCCCGUGCAAAGUGUACAGCAGGCAGCUGUGGGCAGAUCCUGCUCUGAGUGCAAACACGACCAUCCCCCUAUGCAAUCUGAAACGGAGUCCUCUCUCUGGGUUGGCUUUCUGGUUUUGUUUUUUUGGUCAUAUCAAAGGCAUGGCAUUUCAAAAUCAUUUCCUAGCAAAACAUACGACAAGAUUAACACCCCCAUCCUCCCCCAGCAAAACACUUAUCUACCUGCUUAAUAUUAAGUGUGUUUGUACUUCCAUGGCGGUCAUGAGGACCAACCAGUAAGGCGCUGACGUUAAGCGGGGCAAACUUUGCUGAGCCAGGGCCACAGUGCGAACAACUGCACUGGAGAUGCAGCCAGCAGAAUGUAUGAUAAAGUUCUUCGUGUUUUUAUGAGAAAUUAAUGAAUGGGCUUGGACCCUUGGUGUUUUGCAUGCUUUUUUAAGAUUCAAGUUGGCACUUAAGCAUGUUCUUUUAAAAGAGUAAUACUAUAUGACCUCAUUUGAUCUUUUACAAAAUACUCUUUUUCCUUUAAAAAAAACUUCCCCCAAACCUUUUUUUUUUAUAUAACCCAUUAAUAUCUGUGAUUUUUCUCAGAUCAAACUACAUUUUUGAUAUACUGUAAUGUCCUGCUACAGAAGGGAAAAAAAUGUAUAUGCAAACAGAUUUCAUUUUAAUCCAUCGCCCUUUUUUAACUACCAGAUUUGUUGGAAAUGGUGACAAAGAAGUAUUCUGAGAUUUCACACACUGGGUAAAAAGGGGGUGGGGUGGGAUGAACUGGGCUAAAGGAAAACUUAUCAAAUUGGUAUUUAUGGCAAUAUGAAAGCUAUAAAGCAACUUAGUGACAUGGCUUGCUUUGUAAUUUCCGCUUUCUAAAAACCACAAGUGAGGUCCUUGGUGCUCUUGGAGUAUGGGGAAUGUGCAAAUAUUUAACUGUUUGUAUGCUGCACAUUGCAGACCUGCUAGUGUGCAUUCUCCGUUUGUCUUCCUUUGUCAUUUGUGUUUUGCUUUCUAGAAAGCAACGUUUUUUUUCUUGUACCCUUUCUUCAGCUUGUAGCAAACUAGAAUGCUUAGCAUUUAUGUUCAUUCAUUAUUGUAUUUCCCAUGUAAAAAUUUUUUUAUUACAUUAAGACAAGCUUAUAAGCUGUUACUACAUAACUUAUCUUACUGUAACUCUUAUUUCCUGACAUUGUAAUUUGUUUGUGAUGUAUAUUGUGAGAUUGUACUCUAUGUUAAUUUAAUCAGCACAAUUCACUGACAUGCUGGACUGACAUGCUAGCUGCUGUUUCAAAUUGUAAAGUUUGUGUAGAGCUGUUGGGACAACUGAGACUCUCUUGUCAAGGUACUAUGCUUUGAUUCCUAUAGCAACACUGUGGGUGCAGCUCUUAAUGGCGAGGGCUGCUCGUUGGACACCCACUGGCUAACUUAAUGGGCAGGUUUUCUUUGUAGAAAUUCUAUAUACAAUGCAGGUACCUACCUGGGCCCAUGGCCGGUAAUUAUUUGGGCGUUUAGAGGAAAAACUAGUGUCUAUUGCUGCUUUGAAUAUGUUUUAAAGUCUGAAAAUGUAAAUAGUUUAUCAAAAAAAUCUUGUACAGUCCAGUGUAAAGUUUUUAAAUGAACUUAAAGGUUGCCAUCACAUCUCACACUCUCCUCUUGAUACAGUAAAAAAAAAAAAAAAAGAAAGAAAAAGUUUGCUAAGGAUACUGGUUUAAAAAAAAAUAUGUUCUCAAUUUAAAAAGGAGAAUAGUUAUUCUUAGCUCUGCUUCAUUGCAUAAACAGACUUCUUGGAUUUUGUUGUGCAGUAUUGACGUGAGGUAAAUUAAAUAUUAAAUAAUCUUUCAGUGGUACUUUUAAGAGUCUUCUCCUCCUCUGCCUCAGUUAUUAAUGGAAAAGACAAAAUUGAAAGACACUGUCCAUAUACAGUAUGCUCUGGUGUAUGUUGGCACCUUACCUACAUGUUUCGGGUGGGGGGAUUUUUUUUUUUUUUUUUUUUUUUGCACAAGGUGCUUUCCUGAUAUGUUAAACAUGUCAUCUUUGGGUGAUACAGUAUAUGCCAUGAUAGGGGUUUAGACCCCUCAGGGGAGUGUCUAUAAGACUGCCUAUUUAUGCUCAUUUACCUCAAGACUGUCCUCUCUACCCUUAAUCUAUUCACCAUCACUCCAUCUUUUGUACUGCUGUUGACACUUACAAAUUAAAGAUAAAUUUUGUUUUA